AUGAACGGCCUUUACUUCCUGCUGCUUUCACUCAACUUUGUUCUAGCCGGUAAGCUCUUUAUGGCGUGUAAUUACAUAAUUUUACUGUUUUUACUAAACUUUUCGUAGAUAUUAGGUUUCAAUGAUUGAGUAAGAUAAGAUAAGGUAAUAUAAGGUGUCAUCGGCCAAAGAAAAACGUUUUGUGACAAAAAAAAUCCAAAAAUAAAAAAAUAAAGUUAUAAAAAGCAGAAAAAUACGAGAUGUUUUACAAUACUUACCUUUUUUGAACAUAUAUUACCCUGAACUUGAAAAAAAAUUUAAAAAAAUUUUUUUUAAUUUUAAAAUUGUAAAACUUACAGUAAUUCAUCCGGAAUGCCAGGAUCUUGACCCAGGGUGUCGUGAUUGGGUGAGCAACAGUCGUGAUCAAUGUCGUGUAACCGGUUACAUUCAAAGUAAAUGCCCGCGAAGUUGCCAUAUUUGCAUGAAGAUACCUGCAAGUAAGUCAAGACAAUAUAACUUUUAUAUUUUUAUGUUUUUUCAAGUCUUUUCGACAUGUAUCGACGGUGAAAAACAAAAAACGGUUAAAAUUUGGCCAAAUCAAAACAAAUUUUUACAAAUUUUUUAAAAGACGAAUCUGUAACGAAAUGUCACAAAUUAUUGUUUUCCUGUAAAUGGCCGCUUGACGGAAAUUGUGAAACUCGUUUAUGAUAUUGAUAAGCUAAAAGUCAACAUAAACGUUUGUUUUUUCCUCACAGUAACAAUAAACUUCUUAGAAUUCGAUGAGCUGAACGCUCCAGCGAAUCUUCGUCCUCUCGGCUGGCUGAUCGGAAUCUGGAGAUCCGAGCACGAUGGAAAGGCCUUCUUCCCCACUAUACCUAAGUUUACAUAUGGAGAACAGAUCGAGUUCUCCAUCCCGGAUCAUCAACUUACAGCCAGAUCAGCCUUCAAUUACACCGCCUUCGCCUGGAGUAUGGAUGGGAGUGAGGAGUUACAUAGUGAGAACGGGUACCUGGUGGUUCAGAAUGGCAGAUUCGCUCUUACCACCGUCAUGAGCAAUGGUAUGUUAGCAUCGUUUAAGGUAUUUUACAUAGCUGUUUAGGCUUUGUAACAGUAGAAGAGGGAAUGUUGAGCGGACAGAGUCUGAGGUUCCGACUGGUCGAUAUUGGUCGUAUCUCGUUCAGUAGAGAUCUGCCUGUUCAUGAUGUAAGUGUUUUGGUUUUACAGUAUAAAACUCAUUGUAUAAGGUUUACAAUAAUAUUACUUUAGCUUGUACGAGAAUGGCGUCUAGUCAACCCUAACACAUUAGAAGCUAGACUGUCAAUGGAAACUUUGACACAUGGUAUGCGCGAACAUACGACUAUUGUCUACAAGAAGAUAUUCCCAUAG